AUGAGCCGACUGGACGCCGAAGUCCAACUCACCGGCCUGGGAGCACUAGGCAUCGUCGAAGGCACCGAGCCUGUGCCCGAAGUCCCCUCCACAUCACGAGCAGCCGAACUCACAAAUUAUAGCCAGAACGCUAAAGACUACCGACAAGCUCGAGAAAAGGCGAUACAAUGGAUCUGGAAUCAUAUCCACAGCGACUUUCACAGCAUCGUUGCAGCUGUCCGUCGAGACCCGCGAGCCAUGUGGCUCGAAUUGGAACGUCGACUAGGAGGACGAAACAACUACAAUAUCUGGGCUGUACGGCAACAACUUGGGAGUGAAUCCUUCAAAGAAAACGAUACCAUUCAAACUUGGUCCGCUCGUCUCGAUACCUACAAUCAACGCCUGAUCGGAACCGGAUCUGAGCUCUCCGAACUAGAGAGAAUCGCCAAAUUGCUCAGUACACUUCCCAAACGCUUCGAAAUCACAGUCUCUCACAUUCAACGAAUCCCCAACCUCGACUACCAGACUGCUUUACAGCAACUACUCGACUUUGAAAAUCAACUACCGGAAGAGGCAGUCGAUAUAGACCAUCUGAACCAUACCGUCGAGAACAUAGAGUCGAAAAUCCUCGGCCGACAGUAUACUGCUACCACUGUGGACGAAGAGGUCACACUAAGUCAAAGUGCUGGGAACUUCAACGUCGUGAAGAGGAAGACAAGCAAAACCAAGCACGACUAUCUCGAAUACCUCGCGGCACAAAUUACACGGCAGAGGAUGCUGCGACCUCAUCUACAAAUCCAACUCAACAACCAUCCCGAUCCGAUGCGAACUAUAUGGAAGACGGGUUUGCUCACAUGGCAAGCCAUGAUGCAUCAUCCACAAACGAAUGGAUACUCGAUUCUGGAGCAAGCCAUACAAUGA